AUGAACCCUCUCUAUUUCGAAUAUGAAGACACACUUUCAUCACUGAGGACUCUGUACCACGAGCGCAUCAACGGAGCACCCGACAAGGUCUCAAUCGACGCUGACGUUCAAGAUAACUCCACACAAAUACGAUCCAUCAUCGAGUCGAGCUCGUCUGUCGAGUUUGACUCCUACUUCUCUACAUCUCCACUUGGUCGUGGCGGCAGGAACGCUGUCUACUGGGUACAUCCCGAUAACAUCGUUGAACUCCAGAUCUUGAUCCUGCAGCACGCUCGGUCCUUCCCAACCCGCACACUACCUUCUUCACCGGUCUCUCCUAUACUAUCUCGUCAGAACAGCAUCGCAUCCUCGACGGGUAGAAGAAACAGUUCUGUCAUCGAAGCCGAUACGACUGUACUUGUUGCCGACGACCUCGAAAGUUUCAUUGCGCACCAGAGCUCUUCCACAUUCGAGAAGCGCGAGGAGACUGUAGGAAGCCGUCUUCAGGAGGCGACUAUCCAUGCGAGAUGGACCAAGACAGACGACGCAAUUGUUACUGCAAAGGUCAAUGGCCGUGACAUCCAGAAAGCCUCGGUCAAGCGCAAGAAUGUUUUCGCUGUCCUCGAGCCCUCUUCAACCACAUCGCUACGGAAACAUUCCAUCACACAAGACAAAAACAGUGGAGCCGCCGAGAACAUGCGCGCCUGGAUAGCUCAGCAGAGAACCAUCAAACCACUCACUACCAUCGCGUCCAACAGAUCUCGCUUUGCUGAGACGGCCACCGACUCCAGCGGAUUCAUUCUUGCCAUUCUGGACAAAAACAUCCGUAUGAGAAAAGCAGAGUCUUUGACAAAUUCUCCCGAGGAUACGUUCUCUCAGACCAUGAGUGCAGAGUUUCCCUUUGCAGUACUUCGUGUAAGACAAGAAGGGUUCGGCAACAGCACGCUCGUCAAAGUUCUGGACCAGAGUCAUCUCGUCGAGCGUGUCCGUGGGUUUUCGCUCGAGUACCACUCAGUCUGGUACUGCUGCCAACCUGAAAAUGUUGUUCCUCCAUUCUGGGUACCAUUGAUGCAAAAAGACAUCCGCAAAGUUGCUACAGUGGCAAGCAGACGUAGGGCGUACAACCACGAUUCCAGUUAUGGUUCCCAGUCCACUACACCUCAGAUGACACCCUCAACUGGAUCAGUAGGCGACUACACUGGUGGUGAUUUGACUGCAGUGGAGGAACAAUCACCUCAAAGGAUCAAGAUCCCCGACCAACUGGAGACACCUCCUCUUAGCGCAUUCCGUAAGAAGAGAAAGUCUGCUUACGACAGGGCCGGCAGUGCACUCCCAAAGCAAACUUACUGGAGCGAAUACGACGAUCCUUCUGGCUCGGAGGACGAGGGUGCCUAUGUCCUGUACAUUGACCCGAACGAGGUUUCGUCAGCCACCAAGACAUGGCGCCGCAUACGCAGUCUUUGGUCCAAGAGUAAGCCUUCCGAUCAAGAAUCCCUGCUUGGACAAGAUGAUACCAACGAGCACGGCAUGGUGGAGGAGUCUGUCAGCUCAUCAGAAGACGAAGCACAUGUCCCCAAGCGUACUCAGCAGCGCUCCUAUGGAACGCUGAACCAAACGAGGGACCAAAUGGCUGGAUACAGCUCCGAACCAUACCAUCGACAAUCUGACUGGGUCUCCCAACUGGCAGCAACAUGUUUGGUCGCGUCUGCGCUUCUGCUCUGUAUUGGCUACAUACUAGUGGCUACCGGCAAAAGAAAGCUAGCGUCAGAAGUCGAUGCUGGCGUUGUGUUGGCUGUGGCUUCGAGUCUGGCCUUUGCCGUGUCAGGCAUGGGAGCCGUGUUUAGCAGACAGACACCUCGCUGGCCGAUAGCGACACUGGUCAUUGGUAUCAUGGUCAUAGAUGUCGCAGCAGCAAGUAUCCUGCUCGUCUGGGCCUUUGGUUAA